UCCCAACUAUCUACCCGUACUUCAUUCGCUUUUUAGUGCCCCGCCGUUUCACAUCGCGCUCCCGUGUUAAAGUGAUAAAUCAGUGAUUAAAGUUGUUACAAUGCCUAAACGGAAACGUGAAAAGGAUAAGGAUAGUUACGACUAUCUUUUAAAGAAGAUAAAACGACUCGAGAAGAAAUUACGAGCACCUGAUCGGGACAAACAUCGUGACUCAUCGAUCUCGCAGGAUGAAUCAGACACGGACCUUUUAGACGCAUGGGCGAUUCCUGAGGAUGAUGCCAAUGGUGCGUUACCGGAACCGAACCAAACAGAUGGUUCGUUAUCCGAUGAAGUUUCUCAGCCUGUGCUCAUCACGUCGAAGCCUGCCGUCACCGUGCCUACAGCACAGCCACAGCUGGCUCCUGGCGCGACAGCUAAUCCUGCUGCUCCGGCUGCUCCUGCCAGCCCACCUUUGGAGUCUCAAGCCUCCCCCGCCAUCGAGAAUACUGAACAACAGAUACCUGAACCAGAAGAAACAUUAGAUGCUGAUUUGAUGGAAAUACUGGGUACUGAUCCCAAUUCGGUUAAGCAAUACGGAAAAGAUAUACAAAAAGACUUGUCAAUUAGAUUAGAACAUUGCGCAACAAACGGACUGACGAAAGAGUUGCGCAAAGAAUUCAAGGAGAGAUAUUUGACACCUGAUAACUGCAAAUUAAUAGAUCCUCCUGAAAUGAACGCUGAAGUCAAGGCCGCGGUAUCGGAUGUUGUAAUUAAACGCGACAAAGCUAUUGAGAAUAAACAAAAGCAACUUACCUCUGCUAUUAGUUGCCUUAGCGAGGCUAUAACGAUCCUUAUGCAAAACAAAGAGAAAAAUACACCUUUGUUGAAACUUCUCAUUGAUUCAACUAGAAUCUUAUGCGAUUGUCAACAUGCUGACACUAUUACAAGGCGAAAUUUCUUAUUAAAUGCCAUGAAGAAAGAAAUGAAGGAUCAGCUUCAAAAUACAAAAAUCGACAAGUUUUUAUUUAGUGAAAACUUGGCAGACACUUUAAAAUCGGCUAAAGCCAUUACCAAAUCUGGAGCAGACCUAAAAAUUCCGGCACCUAAACCUCAGGCUAAAAAGCCUAAUCCCAGUACAAAUAAAAAUUUAAACUGGAAGCCGGGUCCAGCGCGCAGGCAGCCAGGACCGUCACGAGCGAAGGAGCCUGCGACCUCGACGAGUCAUCGGCCCAGGCACACCUCGAGGCCAUCGCAGCAUCAGCAGCACUACAGGACGAGCUACAGACAUCGUUAGCCACGGUAAUACCAGGAGCCGACGGCAGGUGCGCUCACAGACUACCCUGGUGGCCGGAAUAUUAUCCGCGAAGCGAUGAUAAGAAGAGGUGUCCCACCAUCUUCCACACACAUACUGUUGGAUUCAUU